UAUAUAUAUAUAUAUAAGCAAAGUCUCAAAGUCCACCUUCAAAGUCUUGCACAAGUCCAAGAAAAGAAAAAUGGGAAGCUUUCCCUUUCUCUCACCCUUAUCUCUUGUUACGAUCAUAAUCGUCACAGCAACCCAAGGCGGAGCGGCGUUUGGUGUGCCUCUGAGCACCAAAUCGAGAUGGGUGGUGGAGGAGAGCAGCGGGCAGAGAGUGAAAAUGGCAUGCGCGAAUUGGGUUUCGCAUCCGGAGGCGGGGGUGGCCGAAGGCCUCAGCAAACAGCCCAUCGAUGCCAUCGUUGACCGAAUCUCGUCGAUGGGCUUUAACUGCGUCCGCCUCACUUGGCCACUCUACUUAGCCACUACCAACGACUCGCUCGCCGUUCUCACGGUCCGACAGUCCUUUAAAAAGCUUGGUCUCACGCAAGCCAUAGCUGGUGUUCAGGCCAAUAAUCCCUCCAUCAUCGACCUUUCCCUCAUACAAGCCUACCAGGCAGUGGUUUCUGGCCUAGGGAACAAGAAGGUGAUGGUCAUCCUAGAUAAUUACAUUACCAAGCCCAAUUGGUUCGACGACAAUGGCUUCAUUGGUGACAAGUACUUCGACCCUAACCUCUGGAUUAAGGGUCUUACUCGAAUGGCCACAUUGUUCAAAGGCCUUAGCAAUGUCGUUGGCAUGAGCUUGAGGAACGAGCUCCGUGGCCCCAAGCAGAAUGUGAACGAUUGGUACAAGUGCAUGCAAAGAGGAGCUGAGGCAGUUCACUCGGCAAAUCCAGAUGUUCUUUUGAUUCUUUCUGGUUUGAAUCAUGACAAAGACCUAUCCUUCCUGCGAAAUCGCCUGAUGAGCCUCACAUUUUCUGGGAAAUUGGUUUUUGAAACUCAUUGGUAUGCGUUUACAGAUGACAAGGCAUGGGAAAGUGGCAACCCCAACCAAUUAUGUGGUACAAUAAUAAAUAAGAUCAUGAGACAAUCAGGGUUUUUGUUAGAAAAAGGAUUUCCCUUGUUUUUGAGUGAGUUUUGGGUGGACCAAAACCAAAAGGGAACCAAUAUGAGUGACAACAGAUACUUGAAUUGCUUCUUAGCUUUAGCAGCUGAACUAGACUUGGAUUGGGCUUUGGGGAGACAAGGUGUUAUUGGGAUGAAUGAGGAUUAUGGAAUCAUGAACUGGGAUUGGGAUGAUGAAUCUCCAAAUUCAAGUCUAUUACAGAAAAUCUCUGCUAUCCAACGCCCUUUUCGAGGGCGAAGUCUUUCAGAAACUCGACCACACAAAAGCAUAUUCCACCCAUCAACAGGUCUUUGUGUGGUAAGAAAAUCUGUACAUGAUUCACUGAAGUUAGGUCCUUGUUCAAGCUCUGAUGGUUGGAAUUAUACACCUCAGAAGACAUUGACCAUUAAAGGAACAUAUUUUUGCUUACAAGCAUAUGAUGUAGGCAAACCAGCACGACUUAGCAUAAAGUGCACUGAAUCUGACUCAAAGUGGGAAACCAUAUCAGAUUCCAAGUUGCAACUCUCUUCUACGACUCCCAAUGGUGACACUGUUUGCCUAGACAUUGACUCUGCAAAUGAAGUUGUAACAAACACUUGUAAAUGCUUAAGUAGAGAGAGUUCAUGCGACCCUUCAAGCCAAUGGUUCAAACUCGUUGACAGCACCAGAAGUCCAUGACUAGUUGAAUCUAAUUUACUAAGACGAAUCUGAUCAUGGUGUUGCCGUUUGAGGAUUCUAAAUACCACAAUGUGAGAUAAAAGUAAUAAGUCAAAUAUGUAGUAGGGCCGGCGAUGACAUUCUCUAUCACAUUAGGUCCUGUUUAAUUUUUUGGUAUUAAAUAUAUAUUUUAAAUAAGAGUAAUCAUUUUUGCAUACAAAAUAUGUGCUCAAACAUUACACACAGUGUCAUGACAGUUUAGUCUAAUCAAUCAUAUUUAUCAAAACUGAGACCCACUAUUUUAAAAAAGCAGUGUCACGUCAAUGUAUGUAAUACUUUGGUGCAUAUUUUUUGUGCACAUAUCAUUACUCUUUUAAUAAUUAUAUAUAUUAUUGCAUAUAUAUAAUAAAUAUUGUGACAUUUUAUAA